AUGCAACCGUUCAAUGGAGUUUUCAGUGUCCAACCAGAGCUGUCAUUUUCUUCAAAAGAGGUGUCAGAAAAACAAAAGGCUCAAGCUAGACUUUCCCUUUAUGUUGCAGUUCAUUCAUCGUUUUUGAAUGUUAAUCAUCUAGGUGAAGUGUGCAACUCCGAGUUUUCUGAUAGCAAAUCAUCACAAUUCCAAUUGCAUCGUACCAAAUGUUCUAACAUUAUUAAUAAUGUCUUGGCGCCUCAUUUUAUUGACGAUUUAUUGAAAGAUAUUAAAGAUGAGUAUUUCAGCUUGAUUUUGGAUGAAGGCACCGACAUAUCUGUGGAAAAACUUUUGGGGGUAGUAAUAAGAUACUACAGUUCAUCAAAAAAACAGUUUGUCACAACUUUUCUUGGCCUAAUUGAUUUGGUGGAAGGCAAUGCAGAUGCUUUGUUGGAGGGCCUUGAACGAUUAAUUAACAAUAUGGACUUAGAUUUUAAAAAACUUGUGGCCAUUGGCACAGACAAUGCCUCCGUCAUGACGG